AUGGAUCAAUCACCUCAAACUCAAACCUCAGAGGCCUUUAUCCAAGGCGCAAAUGGUAGUGAAGAAGGAAUGGCCGUUAGACAGCAAAAAACAAAUGGAGUCCCGGUCAAAAAGAAGCGUAACAAUUCAGAUGAGAUAGAUCAAAAGGUUGGUCAAAAUUCCUUGGCCAUCAAAGAUGGAAAAAUUCCCAUGGAUUCGGCAAAUCAAACUGCCGAGACAGAGUCAAUUCUCAUUGUGGCCGAAAACGAUGAAUUUCGUGGCAAUUCAGCAAUUCCUAACGAUUCUAUUGAAAACAAAGUUCACUGUAAGGCGGCGAACACCAUGAAGCAAACAGAAGUUUUGCCCGUACAAAAACAACCGAACACUUCUAUGUCAGAUCAAAUCAAGCGCACUACGGUCGCGUCAGUCUCGAAUGCUGAACAGGUUGAAGAUUCACUAGUAAAAGAACAAACUGCUGUUAAAGAAGACGUUGCGGCUGUGUCUUAUAAUUCAGAACAAUCAGGGAUGUUUACCAAUAACGAUCAAGACGAAAUUUCACUUCAAUCUGGAUCUCAAGGUCAACAUAAGCGUGGUCUACCAGCGGGGUGCCUUUUUGUCGCAAGGCAAGCAUUUGACAGGAUUCUACCAACUAAUAAAAAGGAAAUUGAGCUUCAACAAGCUGUUGCAGACCAUUUCCGUAAAUGGGGAACGCUCUUAAAUGUUAAGGUUUUGUUUGAUUGGUUAAAUCGGCCUUAUUCUUUCGUUCAGUUUGAGAGUAUUGAAGAUGCUCAACGAGCUCUGACUGAAGCACAUAAUUCAAUCGUCGAUGGACGUCACAUUCGUGUUGAAAAAGCAAAAGUUAAUCGGACAUUGCUUAUUGGCCGCUUUAGUCGUGAUAUGAGAGAAGAUGAUAUCACUAAACUUCUCGCACCUUAUGGGGCUACUGAAGAUAUUCAUAUUCUAAAAGAUUUUCGAACAGGCCAAAGCCGUGGAUGUGCGUUCGUAAAGUUCUGUUAUCGCGAAGACGCCAUCAGCGCAUAUAUGAGCUUGCGCCGGACUUCAUCAUACGUCAUUGAAUGGGCAGCAAAUCUUGAGAAAGCAACACCUGGACCCGGUGAUAUAGAUAAAGGCACUAUAUUUGUUGGACAGCUUAAUCCAGAAGCUGUAACUAAAGAUAUACUUGAGCAAAAAUUUAACCGUUACGGCGAAAUUAAAGAUCUUCGGCUUGUUACUAUCAAGAAACCUGGUCCUGCCGGUCGCGUGAAUGUACGUUCGGCUUUUGCGUUCAUUCGUUACGAUGACGAAAAUGCUUCAACCAAGGCAAUUGAAGCAGAAAACAAUACCAAAUACCUUGACAGAAUAAUUCGUGUUCAAUACCGGGAGUCUCCUGAAUAUCGUAAUUAUCAAAUUCAAAUACUGCGCCAACAGCUCGAAGUUCGACAACGAGCGUUGCAGGCUGUUUCUUAUGGUACUUCUGAAAAAUCGAACAAUGCUCGAAUGUCUUUACGACCACCAGCUUUAUCGAAAGCCGCGGUUGAACGUGUCUCAGGAAAUACUGUUAAUAAGCCAUUAUCGAAUCGUAGCCGUUAUGUGCGUCCUACAUCUGUAUCGAAUGUUGGAACUGUAGUUGGCACUAAAUCUUUUGAUAGGCCUUCAAGUUCUAACCGUCGAGGUAGCGGCAGAAAAGCAUCAAUUAAAAAUAAAGGACCUAAUUCUGGCUUUGAUAUGCAUUAUGCAACUAUGAAUGUUUUAAACGGGGUCCCUCCAAUGGCACCGUUUGAUCCGUCAGCGAUGAAUAUACAUCCACGCGGAAUCAAUCAAGGUUAUAACAACAUUCCUAAUGAUAUAAACUUUCCGCCUUUAAUCAAUACGCCAGAAGGUCUCGUUUAUCCUUACGUGCCACCAGUUGCUUGGUUUGGUCAUGAUAAUUCAAUUGGUGCUGAUGAUCCACAUGAAAAUCCUGCCACACUUCCACACCCAAUACUUCCCGGUCCAUAUGCCCAUCAACACUGUCCCCCAUGUGUGCCAGGAGAACGUGAUACAUAUAUUAACGCUUAUGGCCACUUACCACCACCAUUCAUUUUACCUUCGAUGAUGCCAUUACCGCCAGAAUUUGGUCUAGAGCAACAAUUUUUUGGAUAUCCAAUGACUGUACAACAUAGUAUUGUUUCUGGUACACGUUCUCUACCUCCUGUAAAUGGUUCUAGUUCAGAACAAACGAAUUAUGAAACUACAACUAAUGAUUAUGAAACGGAUAAUGAACUAUCUCGUUUUGAUGAGGAUCAACUUGCUGAAAAUGUUUGUGAAACAGGUGAAAAUGAUGUUUCUUGCGAUCAUAGUAAGGAUGAGGUUGUUCAUGUCACUUAA